AUGACCCAUUAUGGAGAUUUUUUAAGUAUGUCGGGACCAAUGCUCCAACGUUAUUUGUUAUAUUAUUUAACCGCGACCGCGAUCCUGGUUUACGGAUCGUCGCAAAGAACUGUUAGACGAGCACUCUGUCUAUCCUGCGGCCAGGACUGCCCAGAAGCGUUGGCGUCACCAUGGUAUCCUCGUCGAGAAUUAAAUCAGCAAACUGGAAUCCUGCAAGAUUUUUCCGUCUCUCCGUACCGAAAUUCGCCUUAUUUCCGUCUGGCUCAAAGAGAUAUCUCGCGGAAUAUAGCAGGUGAUCACAUUUUUUUGAGCCAAAAUCCAAUAUCCUCUAGAAGAUACAGAAGCUUUUCUCAACAAAGACCCACAGGCGGAUAUCUUCGCAUCGAUAAAGGAUACCCGUCUACGCAAUUCGCCGAUAAAUCCGAACAGCAACAUCAAUUUCUCGGAAACUUCUCCGACAAGUUCACGAAAUUCUCAGGCAAGCAGACGACCCUGUCUCUGGCCAAACCUGUCAACAGCUAUCCUUUCGCUCGUGUCUCUCCGUCAGGACGAUCAUUUGGCGAGUCGGAACGGGAAAACUCGUACUUCAGAAAUCUUCGCGAUAAACACUUAAUGUCUUCGUCAGAGAAUCUUGAAGUUCCUAGAGAAGAUAAGGAGGAUCCCGCGAAGAAAUUCGGCGUCGUUUAUCGCACCGAUGAGAAACCUUCAUGGAAGACCUUCAUGGAAGACUCAAGACACGCAUCCUCGAACAAAAUCGUAUCCGAUAAAUUCUUCCCGACAUUCCAGACAAGUAUUCUUGAUAAGGACGAAGAAGAAGGGAAGAAUUCAAUCGCAAGGUCCCCAAUUUCCAGCGGUCAACAACACAAUAAUCUUGUGUCUCCUCGAGAUAGAUACUAUUCUGUAGGGUUUGGUAUGCCUAAAAUUCAGCGUGAAUCCUAUUUUCUCCUUGAGGACUCAGAUGUUCAAAAACCGGCGAAGGACGACGAAGUUUACGACAAUUUUAUGAGGGAUUCUUUAGAAACUUCAAGUCUAGGAGAGAUGAAACCGAGCCGAAACGAUUUCUCUGAGGAGUACUCCGCGGAAGAAGAAGAGAUGGUUACUCUCGAAAACGGCAAUGAGCAAAUUGAUUAUCCCUACAACUCACAUCAGGAUUUAUAUAUUUGGAGGCCUACAAAGGAAGAAACGGUCUCCCCCGAUAAUUGGAACUUUGCGACAGGUAAUAACUUGCAAGAUUCCAUCGAAAUUAAGCAAUUGAAGGAAAGUGAAAGUAACUGGCCACGAGUGUAUCCUGCGGCGGAAAAAGAUGUCGGACACUUCAACGAUGAGGCAGAGGGUUGGGGAUAUUUUGAAGACGAGUUCGAUAAGGAUACCGCCAAAACUGGAACAUCUACCUAUAAUUCUUACACUAUUCUCCCGAAUACGAAUAUUUGGAGGACACACAAAAAGGCAAAACAGGAUGAAGCGCUCUCCGAUAAGCUGGAUUUUACGUUUAGCGGAGAUUUGAAAGGAAUCAAAAACACAAGACAAUCUGAAGCACACUUUGUGGAGGAAAAUAGUAAUAAGCAUUUUCGGGAUGAGAACAAAUAUACGGUCCAGGACGAGAGACGUGUCGGUACCGAUAGAAUUAUCCGUACGCCUGUAAUCAACUCCUUAUUUACUCCUUAUAUCUUUCCGCAAUCACCCUUAAAUAUUGUAAAUGUUCCGAAGAAUCCUACUCCCAUUGAGUCCUCCAUCACGAAGGAUUUUUCGUCAGGGAUGAAAAAUAACGUACAGCGUGCGAAUCCUACGGAAAAUAUACAUAGCAGAUUUUUAAAGGAUGGAAGAGUUGUCGUGGACGACGAACGUAACCAGGAUCAGAUUUUCGUUAAAGAUACUUACGAUGUGAAGGGAUAUAGCAAUCCUGUUCUCGACAGCAGAUCAGGACAAACAAAGGACAACACGCAAGACGAGGUUUUGACGAAACUUGAUUCUGAUCUAACAGAUGAAGUUGAAAUUCCUCCAGCGGAAUCAACUGAGCCGACGCCAAAAGAAUCCUUCGAAAGGCGUUCCACGCCAACGACAAAAAAGAAUUCUUAG